UGUUGCCGAAGGCCCUUUUGCUUUUGUACUUAGCAAUUUUUUUUUUGUUGUCGCAGUUCUAACACUCGUAUAUUGUUGCAGGCCAAAUCAUGGACGUCAGGUCCUUCGCUCAUUUGAAGAAGAAGCUAACUAGGGAGCCCUCGAAGAAGAAGGAGACGGGCGUUCAAAAACCCGUCGACGGUUUCUUCAAGAAGGAUGGGGCCGCUCAGGUCCCGGAGGGUGAGGGACCCUCCAAGAAUGCUGUUGCAGGCACCGACGCCGAGGAGCUGAAGAAGAAGAGAGCCGGGAAGGGCACGGUGCUCCCCGAAGGGAAGAAGCAAAGGAAGGGGGCCACCGAGGAGAAAAGCGCCCCCGUCGUCAUCGUCGAGGAACACUCCUCCUCCGAGGUCUCGGGCCAAACAGCUGAGAUGUCGUGGCCCCAGGAGAAUGUGCAGUUCUCCAUUCCCAAGGGGACCGCCAUCAUGCACGGCACCCUCAGCCCGAGGGAGUUCCUAAAGGGUGCCACGCCCCCGACUGACAAGUCGGUGCUUUCGAGGGCCAAGGAUGACGCCCUCAACGCAAAAGUUCUCCAAGCUUCCGUCACGGCUGCCCCCGGUCUUGGAGAACUGAUCCAGAGGAUGGAGCGAUACCAGAUGCAGAAGCUGCAAGCUGAUGAGGCCCUGGCGGAGUCCCGGCGGCAGCUCCAGGAGGUCCAAGAGACCCUCCGGCGGGAGACGGAGGUGUUUAACUCCAUCCUUGAGAACAACAAAAUAAUCGCCAGGGCCGAGGGGAAGGCCGAUGCUGAGAGGGCUGCAGCCGAAGCCUCCAAGGCUGCCGCCGCGGAGGCCGAGGCAGCCAAGAAGGAAGCUGUGGCCGAGGCUGAGAAGAAUGCUGUUGCCGCCUUUGCUGCUGAGGGGUGGAGGGCCGAAGACCGAAAAGGAUGGGUGGCCUCGGUUAUAGAGCAGGGGGUGGAUGCCUGGGUGAAAGGUCCCGGCGCCGAAUGGUUAGCCCGAAGGGGCAAGGACUAUUAUGACGGUGGUGAAUUCUUCACCCAGAAGAUGAUCUAUCGAAGGCUGGCCCGGCAUUUGAAAAUUGAUCCGAAGGAGUUUGAUCCGGCAGCUUACGGCCUCCCCCCCUUGCAGCCAGAUGUCCGGAUUCCUCUGCCCGAAGGUGAAGAGAGGCCGGAUCUUGAGGAUUCCGAGCUUAUGGGCGAGGGCGACAACGAAGAAGCCGAAGACGAUGCGGCCUCAAAGCCGAAGGAAGAUGUCGCCAAAGAGGCAGAGACUUAGAAUUUUCCUAUAUGUAAACAUUUGUAGUAGUAGGCUUCGGCUUCAGCCAUGUACGCGGAAAUUUGUUUUGCACUUUGAUA